AUGAAGAGCGAUUCCCAUGACUCAGUCUCCACUCAUUCUCCCAAAAUCAGAACUCGUCAAGUAAGUUCCCGGUUCAUGUCUCCGAACCCAACCGGUUCACCAGAACGCGGUUCAGCUUCUGCCACUAAUUCCCCGUUUCGCCGGUUCCCCUCCCGUGGCCACCGUUGGCCUUCGACGGCGAAGAGAAACUCCACCACUCUCGCCGAUCACAUCGGCGACGAAAGACUCAGAGAAAGGGAACAUCACAACCACCACCAUAAUCAGAAUCAGAAAGCCACUAACAGAACAAACUCUGUUUUUUCUUCUCUCACAAAACAGAGAAGCUGCAGGGAGUUAAGCAACAACAACAAUAACAGCAAUGGCUUCGAAGAAAACGACCAACCCAUUAUUGGUAGGUCGAUGAGGUACAGUUUCCCUGGAAAAUCAUCUUCUUUGGGGAAGAAACAGAGUUAUCAUAUGGUUCCUGGAAGACUCUCUCUGGAUGAAAAUGCCCUUCAGAGGAACUCCGAUUAUUCUAGGAACUCAAUUGAUUCAGAAUCAGAUAAUACGAGCUUCAAUUAUCUGCCACGAACUUGGAGUUAUAGAAAAGUGGGUAAAGAUGUUCAAUCUAAGUACAUGGCAACAAGUUCUCUAAGAGGAAGAGCUUCUGAUUCGGAUAUCUCAAACUCGAAGCCUUUGUCUUCUGAUGAAUCGUGGGUGAUGAAGAAGUUGAUUUCUGAGAAAGCGAUGAAGAAGGCUAAUUCGCUUAUUGGGUACAUGAGUUCUAAGUCUCAGUGGGCAUUGUCUCCUGGGAGGUCAGGGUCACCCCCUAUGUCUUUGGAAAGCAAGGAUAAGCCUUUGUCUUUUUCGAGUUUGAGGCCUCAAAACAAGAGUGUAGAGAAGAUUCUGAGCAUGGGUUUUGAUCUCUUUAGGAGUAAAAAGUCUUCAACGAGUGUUGGGUUAGCUAACUCUGAGGCUGUUCAUCAAUUGCGCCUGCUUGAUAACCGGUUGAUCCAAUGGCGGUUUGCCAAUGCUAGAGCUCAUGCUGUGAAUGAUAACAUGUCUCUUCAGGCUGAGAGCAAUUUGAUAUGUGCUUUGGAUGGUAUUGCCAAGUUGCAACGUUCAGUGGUCCAAAAAAAGAUAGAGCUUGAGAGAGAAAAGCUUGAGAUGAAGUUAAAUUUUGUACUGCAUUCUCAAAUGAAGCUAUUGGAAACAUGGGCAAGUAUGGAAAGGCAACAUCUAGCUGCAAUUUCCCUAAUGAAACAGUGUUUGCAUUCUGUUAUAUGCAAAGUUCCUCUUUUGGAAGGUGCAAAGGUGGAUAUACAAUGGAUGUCCAUUGCUCAGAGGCAUGCAUCUGAUCUCACAGCUUCCAUCAAGUCAGUGUUAUCUUGUUUCUCACCCUUGGCUGACAAGAAUGCUGAGUUGCUAUCAGAAUUAGCAAAAAUUGUUGCACAAGAAAAGUUGCUCUUACAGGAAUUCAAUGAUCUUUUCCAGACCAUGUGUGUCCUUGAGCUUAAAGAAAGGAGCCUGAAGUGCAGUUUCAUUCAGCUCAAGUGCUGA